UCGCUAAACUGCUAAACCAAAAUUCACCCUAUUGUGUUUGCCUCUUUCUUCUUCCUUAGAUUCAAGAGCUAGGUUUCAGGAAAGACAACCAUUGGCGAACUCAUGGACGAACUCACCACCACCGGCGAAUUGCACUACCACCGGAGAACUACCGUACCAUCGGCGACCUCACCAUCGUUGCUAGCGAACUACAAAUUUAGGUUACUUCAAUAGAAAAGGCUGAAUAUGAGAAAAUCUUAAAAGGCGCUGACAACAGAAGAUAGUACCAAUCUGUCUCGUUCGGCAAAAGGCUACAAUCAUAAGUUUGCUGGUAUUGCUAGUUUCUUGAAUCCAAUCAUCCAUUUUACCUAUCAAGGUGUGAUUUCUUUAACUAGCUUAGGUGAGCAAAAUCUUCUGACCUUCGUUCUCCUCUUUCAUUCUAAUUUACUAUAAUUUUAUUUCAAGAGCGUAGAAUGGCUGACCGGUUUAGAUUGCAUGUUAAGGGAGGUGACAGUGGAAGUGGGAAUGGAAGUUUGUGACGUAGUUGAACUGAUCGGUAUGGCAAGCCUGAUGAAUGGACGAUGGGGUGGGCAUGGUACUUCAAAGAAUAAGAUCGGCAGCCGUGGAGAAGACAAGGUUGUGCAAGUUCCUGUUUCUACUGCUAUCUAUUUUGUGGAGAGUGAAAUCCCUUCAAUAGUGGAGAAGUCAUCUUCUGUGAUUCACCCUUGGGAUCUUCCAGGUAUUUUUACUUCUGAUCUCCUUGCAUCUGAUCAGCUAUCCACUUUUAGUUUGUGGGAGCCGGAUAUGGAUUAG